CGUUGGGCUGAACUAGUGUUGAGCUUGGGGAGUAGAGGAAAGACUAGCAUACAUGCUGUGCAUACGCUCGAUUUCAAACCAGUGUUGCGGUAGACUUCGAGGACAGGUGUUCCACACACUGGCGCAGUAACGACUUGCCCUCAAAAGUGUGAAUGCCUUGAGUGGAAGAGUGUUGCUGUGGUGCCACAAGGACUAGCAAACUGGUGCUACCUCUGAAGGUACCCAAAGGCUACAGUUCUACACUACAGGUUCCAAGCAGAGUGUGGUCAUGAAAACAUUAAUAAUUGGAAUUGGUGGGAUGACUAACGGAGGGAAGAGCACUCUAAGCAAAGCAUUGCAGAAGCGACUGCCCAACAGUUGCAUCAUAUCCCAGGACACAUUCUUUAAGGAUGACAGUGUGGUUCCAGUGGAUAUCCAUGGAUUCAAGCAGUAUGACCUGCUGUCAGCACUACAUAUGGACAGGAUGAUGGAGGAGGUAGAGACCUGGCAGCAGGACCCGAGGGCCUUCACGGCAUCUCAUACUGGUGUUGGCCAGCUGCUCUCUGAACGAGUUGACCAGCAGGUUUAUGUGCUCAUCAUCGAGGGCUUCCUCAUCUUCAACCACAGGCCUUUGAACGAAUUGAUGAACAAGAAAUACUUUCUGCAGAUCCCCUAUGACACUUGUAAGCAGAGACGGAGCUCAAGGGUUUACAACCCUCCAGACCCUCCGGGCUACUUUGAUGGACAUGUGUGGCCAAUGUAUCUGAAGAACCGAAAAGAAAUGGAGGAGGUGGUCACAGACCUUGUCCUUCUAGAUGGUCUGACAGAGAGAGAGAAGCUGCUGUCCAGUGUGCUUGAGGAUGUCACAGCAGACAUAGAAGCUCUCAGACAGGGAUGACGGGAACCUACCGGCUUAGUAAACUGGGCUCCUUGAGACUCGUGCCUGGCUGAAGGGUCUGAUGCUCCACAGAGAUCAUCAUCAUGCAUUAGAUCACUACGGGUGCCACACUUCCGUGUGGAGAUUCUCUGAGGAGAGGACCAUAUCCAUCAUUGUUACUUUUUGUGAUAAACUAACACAAAUGAGAUCAAACAUAGAUGCAGCAGUGGCUAAUUUACUCUGAUGUAAGUGUAGGUGCAAUAACAUCUGUAGCAAAUUAACUGAUCAUGAAUUUGGUGAGGAUUGGAAAUGAGGAUUGAUGCUGAGGGUUUUCAAUAGUGGAGAAAGCUUUUUGAUAUUUGAACUAUAGACAAAAAUAGAUCUCUCCCUUCAGUGCACCAUAGGAUUGUGAGUGUGAAAUAAUAGCACCUGUUUUAGAUGUGCUGCCAGCUAUAAUCUUGUGUGAGUGGAUGCACACUAGGAGUUUAUUUUCAGUGUACGCAGUCAGGGCUGCACGGGACUAAUGAAGCAUAGUGUUAGUUCAGGCAGGCCACAAAGUCUUGACCAGUUUCCUUGACCGGCUCAGCGGACUGCCCAGCUGAUUGCUAGCUGAUCAUCUCUGCUGUCACUGGCAGAGAUCAUUCAGAGCGCCUUAUUUAAGCUGCCUUAGUCUACCUUCUGCCUGCCACCUCACUGCAAGCCUUUUGCAACCCUCCUCCUCAUACUUCUGACUUAUCAGUGUUUGUCAUUGAUGUCUGCUCUGUUCUGUACCAAUGGGGGUUUAAUCUUUGCUGCUCUCUCUGCCUUAGGCUUUCCAUGUUUGCACAUGGGAGGGCAGGGGGCUCCCAGAACAGAGCAUAUACUGCCAAAAGUAAUAUUAUGCAAAUAGUAAAGAAAGUUUACUAAAUAAAAUGUAUUUGACAAAGUG